UGGGCAAGUCCACCACCAGUGGCCAGUGGUUAACAUUAUAUAUAUAUGAGAUACAAUACAUAUCAGAUGCUGCUAUAUGCUAAUGUUGAUACUCUCUCGUCUUGCUCACUGCCAAACAGUGGAGCUGGUGCUGUUGGUGUCCGGGUGUAUGUGUUGAUGAUAGCUGUGUCUUCAGUUGAAAAUUUCUUCCUUUAUUAAACACACAUGAGCUUUUGCCUUCACGUGCACUCAAGUUGUAACACAGCGGUGCAAUUGAACUGUUAAGACUAUGGUGGAUCAAGGGACACAAUUAGAGCAAGCGGUCAAAGAUCUGUUCACGACUUUGGAUAAACAAUAUACCCAGAACUUUCCCCUGGAUCAAUACAAGGCCUCCUUGCUGCCUCAGUUGAAGCCUGCAUCGCCAGUGAUACUUAACGGUAACCCAAUAGGUGGUAAAGCGUCAUUUCAGGAAGUUUGGAUGAAGUUUCCAUCGACGCAGCACAGUAUCACCUCGGUUGAUUACCACAUCAUAGUUGGCACCGGUACGGUGAUAGUAAACAUCUCCGGCAAGGUACGAUUCGACGAAUCCGGCAAGACAAGGCUCGGUGAAACGGCAGAUCUACAGAUACAGGGCCUGCCAACGGGGCCAAGUGCCACUACUGGUAACAGCGCAAGGGCAUUUUGGGGGUCCUGGGUUGGAUUUAACGCUAAUCUCAUAGUUGAUGAGACCAUUUUCCAGGGAAUCAACAAUGAGUUGAUCAAUUCGUUGAACUGGAAAGUUAUCUACACUCCAGAUGAUUCUGCAAUCAAGAUUUAAAUAAGCACCAUGAAUAAUAAAAAGAAUGAACCAACU